AUGAAUCCAGAAGUCAUUACAGAAAGCCAGCUUCUUGAGCGUACGAAUGCAUUGACACAUCGUCUAGCUGCACUGCUAGCCCAUCCACUAGCUUCCAAACUAUGGACAGCCAAUUUCUUUCAAACAGCAAUCUCUUUAUCUACUGAUCCAGCCUAUACCAACCUCUUGAAAUCAGCUCCUAUGCCAGUUCAUCAGGCCAUGAACGCAAUCCGGGAACUUGGCAUUGACACCCGAUGCAUUUUAUGUCAAGUCGAAUCAGACUAUUACGAAUGGUCAUUGUAUAAACGAUGUUUGCGAGUCUCUUCACCAUCCAUCCAUCAUAUGUGCAAGUCGGUGAUAUUUGAAAACACUCGAUGGGAAUCUACCACCCAUUCAAAAGAUGGGUGUGAAUCUCCAAAGUAUUUUUGUGUGAUGGUUCAAUACACUUCAAAGUUGAAUACUCAGAAACUUAUUAGCCAUGUGUAUGAGCAUCUUAAUCCUGGUCGACUCUCUCGAAAACAUUUUAAUUUGCGUGUGGCAAAUGAGGAGUUGGCAAUGGAAAUGACCGGGUUUGGUAGAAACGGUGUUUGUCCUUUUGGCAUGCUAUGUGGAAGGUUGGCGACAAUGGUCACAACAGGAAUUGCUGAACUGGUGCCAAACGUGUUGGUUCUAGGUGCAGGGCAUGUGGACUGGAAAAUCACCUUGAAUGUUCAAGAUCUUAUAUCUGGCUUGAAUGCAAUGGUUGUCGAUCUCAACUAG